AUGCCAACUUCCAAGGACGUAGACGACUCGGAUCGCCGCGAAGAAAGGCCAAAAUCCUCUGACUCAGAGGUCGAUGCCAGGGACGAUGUGCUUGACAACAAGCAACCUUCAGAGGAAGAAACAGAAAAACUUCUCGAGUACGAACGUCCGAAGGAGGCGAAUUUACCUAAUUUGGCUGAGAUUUUGCAACAAGUGUCCUCGAAUAUGACUCGUAUGGACAAAAGAAUGGACAACUUUGAAGCAGUUGUGAAAGGAAGGCGUUCUAGACGUAGGUCGUCAUCAAGUGACUCCAGCUCGUCACGCUCUUCUUCCUCCUCAGGAAACGAACGGCGACACGCCAAGAAACGUAAACGCUCUAAGAGCGAAGACAGAGGCUCUCCUAGCCCUAGCGUAGACAAUGACGCUGAAAAACUUAUACAAUCGGCCUCGAAGGACCAGCCCGCCACGGGCGAUACAAAGCGCGACUCGCCAGAGGCUCAAGAUGACCUUUUGAACGAUAUUGCGAACGAGUUUAAUGCUGAUGAGACGUUAGGCUCACCUCUCCCGACUCAGCUGGUGGACAUUGUAAAUAAACGAUGGUCCGAGAAGAUGUCGGACACAAAACUGAAAGACAAACUUGACAAAUACGGUCGCCCGCCUAACUGUGAAAAAUUGGCUGUUCCUAAAGUUAACCCAGAAAUCUGGGGACAAUAA